AUGGCCGGCCAGAGCCUUUUCUCUCUUGCCACCUGCUUUGCCAAGCUCUCCAUCCUGCUGAGCUACAUCCGGAUAGCACCAGAGCAUUCGCUGUUCCGACGCUUCACCUGGGGGUCCAUGGCGCUCGCCGUGGCCAUCGCCGUCGCGUCGCUUUUUGCGCUGUGGCUUCAGUGCAGACCCAUCUCUACCUACUGGGACCUGGGCGAGCAGGCCCCGGUCUGCCUGAGAGAGAGUCUGCUCAUGUUUUCCUUGGCCGUGGCAAACGUGACCACCGACCUGCUGCUCGCUGUCCUGCCCAUGCCGACACUGGCGAAGCUGAACCUCCCGCUCGGGCAGCGAAUAGCCACCAUUGCCCUGUUCAGCCUCGGCCUGGUCGUCAUCGCCGUGGGUGUCGUGCGCUGCUACUGGAUCUACGACGUUGUCGUCCUCGACAUGGCCGAUUUUACCUGGGAGGGUGCAAAUCACAGCUACAACGUCUGGAUCUGGACCGCGCUCGAGUGCAACCUCGCCAUCAACUGCGGUAGCAUCCCCCGGCGUCGACCGGGACCUGGGCAUCAGGCUGCGCCGCCAGCAGAGUACCGGCGGCCCGACGGGCUCGACUUUUGCGACUACGGCAUGGGCGGCACGACGCGAACCACCCCCAUCGUGGCGGAGCCCCCGGCGGCGGCGCGGCCGAGGACCGCUACUAGCAGCGCCAGCGUCAAGACGACGGGCCACGGCUCGUACCACCACCACCGCGCCUUCGUCGAGGAUGAGGAGCGCCAGGACGCGGCCGCGCUCGAGGAGUUCCUGGGCCGCGCCGGCAGGCGGUGGGGCCACACCGUCGGCCUGGGCCGCAGGGACGCGCCGCCCCGCGUGCUGCUCAGUCGCCCCGGCGGUGGCGGCGGCGGUGGCAGCGGGUUCGAGCUCGACAUGGACGACGGGGCGCCAAGGCGACAUACGACGGGCAACAUCAGGGGGGGCCUCCCGCGCGUGACGACCGACAUUACGGUGGUGCACAGUGGGAAGCCUGGUUAG